AUGGGAGGGGUAACGUCAUCCAUGGCGGCAAAGUUCGCUUUCUUCCCGCCGAACCCGCCGUCGUACAAAGUGGUCACGGACGACCUCACGGGGCUUCUCCUCCUGACGCCGUUUCCUCACCGCGAGAACGUGGAAAUCCUGAAGCUUCCGACGCGGCGCGGCACGGAGAUAGUGGCGCUCUACAUUCGCCACCCCAUGGCCACCUCCACGCUCCUCUACUCUCACGGAAACGCCGCCGAUCUCGGCCAGAUGUACGAGCUCUUCAUCCAGCUCAGCAUCCACUUGCGCGUUAACCUCAUGGGGUAUGACUAUUCUGGGUACGGCCAGUCAUCGGGGAAGCCAAGUGAGCAGAAUACAUAUUCAGAUAUUGAGGCGGCAUACAAGUGUCUAGAAGAAAGUUAUGGUGCCAAGCAGGAAGAUAUAAUCCUGUAUGGACAAUCUGUUGGCAGUGGCCCAACUUUGGAUCUUGCAGCUAGGUUGCCUCAAUUAAGAGCCGUUGUUCUGCACAGUCCCAUACUUUCUGGCUUAAGGGUUAUGUAUCCAGUAAAGCGUACAUACUGGUUUGACAUAUAUAAGAAUAUUGACAAAAUUCCGCUAGUUAAUUGUCCAGUUCUCAUAAUUCAUGGUACUUCAGAUGAAGUUGUAGAUUGCUCUCAUGGCAAGCAACUCUGGGAACUGUGUAAAGAGAAAUACGAACCACUGUGGCUCAAAGGAGGUAACCACUGUGAUUUGGAGCUCUUUCCUGAGUAUAUCAGGCAUCUGAAGAAGUUUAUAACAACAGUUGAGAAGUCUCCAUCACAACGAUACAGUUUCCGGCGGAGCACAGAUCAGUUUGAGCAGCCUCGAAAGAGUACAGAUAUUUUUGAAGUAAGUAGAAAGAGCACUGAUCGCAGAGAAAAACCAAGGAAGAGCACAGACAGGCCAGAAAAGCUGAAAAACUUGUCUAAUAAUGCUGAUAUGUUAGAGAAAUUGAGAAUGACUUUUGAUCAUAAGGAAAGGUCGCGGAGAAGUGUGGAUUGCCACGAGAAGUCUAGGAAAAGCAUUGAUCAUCAAUUAGAGAAAGCCAGGAAGAGUGUUGAUCGGCUGGACAGAAUAAGAACCGGAUAA